GUUACGCCUUCAACAGCAGCGCUUUCCUCGCCGUCGCGCCAGCAACUGCGAUCCGAAUCUGUCGACACCCUUCGGCAAUCUUAACGAACCGGCACGGAGAACGCGGUUCGGCCUUGGUGAGGUCGGAUCUGGCUCGCAGCGCCGCCCGCGAUGGGACAUUCUUCAAAAUUCGUCUUUCCUCUCCCAAGCCGCAAAGCGCGAGACGCACCUCCGCCCCUGAUUUCAGGGCCCCUGAGGACGAAGGCACAGAGAAUCCUUGGAGCUUCGGAGCUCAGCAUCGAUCCAGUCGCGAUCCCGGCAUGGGAGACGCAAUCGAACUCGGGAAUCAGCAUCGCCGUCUCGGAAACGACAGACGGCGAGCCUGGCCACAGCCCGACACGCGAUGGGUGGGCUAGCUCGAGGGGCUUGCGGCCGGAUAAGCGGUGGGAGCAGGAGUCCGAGAUCAUACCCCCCGUGUUGGACCGACAUGCCGAGCCGGGUGGAUCGACGGUUCCCGAUGGCGCGACGGAUGCUUCGAGCUUGCGGCGGCGGCAGUCGAGUUCGACCAUCACGUCCUACUAUGACAAGUCGAAGCUCCCGCUCUCAAUUUCUCAACAGACGUCAAGCUCGGCCAUGGCAAAGGGGCUCCCGGCCAAAGCCCAGGCGCUGUUGGACAUUGACGGCGACUUCACGGACUCCCCUGCAGUGAACAAAGCCCGGAAGAAACCCUCAAUGCUCGACCUCUCGUCCUUGCUUCACAUGCACAGGUCACCAAAACACCUCCACCCGGACUCCUACAGAAGCCCAGACCCUGGGCACGACUUGUUCGCCAUGUCCCCGUCCGCCACGACUGUCUCCUCGGCACCGACGCCGCCACCAGUACUGCAACGAGCAGAGCGGGGCGUCAGGAAGAAACUCACCAAAGAGUCGCUGAGAUCGAACCCCGCUCCCCAGGCCUCGCCACAUGGACCCGCUGGGCGGCCGGCCGUCGGCCACCAGCAGCCGAACAAGGCCGAUUUGGACUUGGACAACCUCUACGAUCACUACGAGCAAAGAACAUUCGCCGAUGCCAUGGAGCGCGACCUGCGCACCAGCGCUUACCAGCUGGUGCCUCCGACGCCUCCUCCCUCUUGCCCCCCGCCCGAGCUCGGCCAGGGAGGGAGAGCGUUCCUCUCCCCAGUUCCGCCCGGCUCAUCGAGAACCUCUCUGUCCUCCAAGCAAUCCCCGCUGAACAUGACGGCGGCGGAGCUGAAAUCCGCAGGCAUUGGGAUUCCCUCCAGUCCGCUACCGGCCGAUUCUUCCAGCAUUUCGAGCAGACACACGCGGACGUCCAAGGCAUCGAAGCGAACUGAUCGCAGUCUGCAGGAGAUCGACCUGCUGCAGAACAGCGUCCUAGCGCUUUCCUCGGACUCGGAGGACGACUACGAACUUUCGUCGAAAGGCUCCCUAGCUGUUCCACCUCUCAGCGAUGGCCAAGUGAGCCCCACAAGCCCUCGGUCCCCGAUAUCCCAGACUAGCACGAUGGGCGCGCCCGACGCGAGUCGGGGCAAAACAGCCAAACGGACCAGUUUCGCCCCUACCAGCCAUGGUUCCGCGGCGGUGAAAGGACCUACAAUUGGCCCGCGGACGAGUUCUCUCAACCCCAAGAUGUCGACGAAAUUGGGUCACGCUACGGCCCACAAGACAUCUCGCCUCUCCGCCGGGACGUCCUCGACCGGGCGGACGGUUUCCCAAGCUCAGACUGCAGGAUCAAACCUGGCAAGCAACGCGGGGGAGGCUCUGAAGCAGGCGGACAGCGAGUCGCAGUUCGACUUCCCAGCCCCGCCGGUCUAUCCCGGUCGGAGGCCAUCGGCUGGCUCCCGUCUGUCGGAGCAGUCUUUGCCUGUCUCCCCAAGCACAACAGCGGAACUAUAUUGGCAAAGCUACCUGUCACCUGGAGGUCCCGAUGGCGGGUCUGUGCGCAGCGGCACGAGCAUAGGCAGCGCGAGCAACGGACGUCGCGGUAGCGCGGCGAGCAGCAUCCACGACGGCAACAGCGGGCGACUCAUGGCGGUCACGCGGCAGGAAGAAAUGCUGCUGGCUGCGCUCAGGAUGAAGAGGGCUCGCAUGCGCGAGGACAUCAUCGCCGAGUUCGAGGACGAGAUUGAGCGCGAGGAGCAGCAACUUAGGCGGGAGAGAACCAACGACAGCUUUGGUACAAGCGGCAGCAUGUCACGGCAGUCGUCCCGGAGCACGAUGCGCCAGGAAGUUGGGGCAUUGAGUGCGCGCCCGCGACACCAGACGCAGCCGAAUGGAGUACCGGCGACUGUCCAAGGGAAGGACAAGCCGGGACCCUUGAAGGUUCUGGUCGAGCGGUCCCCGUACGACUCCUUGUCUCUGCGCACGCCCGCCUCGGAGAUCAGCGACUUCAUCCACUACGACGACGGGAUCAGCUCGCCGGGGCCAGCCAGCCUGCAACGCCAGGACAGCAAGGCCAGUUCGGUCAGCAGCCGGAAGUCGGCUCCGGGGAGGCAGAGGGCAUCGUUGAGUGCCAUGAGCGCACCUCCGCCGCCGAGAUCGCAGCGGAGAGACAGCGGUUCUCGGAAAGGGGCUGACCCGCUCAGCCCCAAGGUGCAGCCGGACCUGCCGCAUCAGAUCCCCGAGGAUCCGGCCGAGGACGAUGACGUGGGCAUCCCACGGCCUGACUCGCCCGUCUCGCCAUCCGACUUCCCGACACCGGUGUCGAUCAAGAACAAGAAGCAGGUGAGGUUGAGCGCGGUCGGGUUCUACAAGCCCACCAUGGAAGCGGGGUAUUGAGCUUUGUGACGAAGGCGGAUGAACAGACGCGACGGACGUCGCCAUUUCCUUGGUCGAUCUUGAGC